CUGUUUUGAUCAGGAAAGCACAGAGAAAGUUGUUUUGUUGGUUGAGAAAUAUUAUCGAUGCUUUUAAGAAAUUGGCUUACUUUUUGUUUCCCAGUAUUUGUUGUACGUAUUGAAAUCGAGAGACUCGCAAAAGAUAACCAAAUAUGGCUGCCGUGCAGACGACAACAACAGCAAUCAUUCUUAUUGUCACACUGACAUCACUAAACAUCUCUGCGAAGGAACUCGGCAAUGAUUGUGAAGUUAAAAUCCCUCCCAAUAUCGGUGAGAUUUUAUCUCGUUUAGUGAAAUUAGAAAAAGAGGUUUUCAAUUUUGAAGUCCAUUUAUCAAACAAGACACUUGAUGAACUUCUUAAUCCUGUGCCAUUGGAUUAUUUUGCAAAUGCGAGGAGUUUUACGUGGAUUCCAGUUAAAUCAGGCGCUUUAACUCUAUAUAAAACUUUCCCCUAUGAUUUUUCAAUGCGCACUUUUAAUAUGUUGGACGUCUACGUUGCUAAACAAAGGAUUGAUAUCAAUAUCACUUGUGGAAAACAAAAUAUUCAGAGACACGAUUUAAUAUAUUUGAUAUUCGACGCAUUGAAAAGAAUCAUAUUUAUGGACAAAUUGCAAAUGGGAAAAUCUGGAUACAUGUGUUUUUAUAUAAAUUUGUCUCAAGACAUGAAGAAGAACAGCCCUGGCACAUUUGAAGCCAACAAAAGAAUUGGUAAUAAUCGAGAACUGUUGAAGAACUAUUGCUGUAAACUCUAUAAAAAUGGAAGCUAUUUUUAUCACUCCAAAUCUAUUUGUUCAGGAAAAAUUAUUGAGAAUGCUAUGUUUCAGAAUUUAGCACGUAUCGCCGGAGCCGUUUUGUGGGCUAUAUCACCAUUACUCAUUAGUUUCGUAUCAAAAGCGAAAGUACCUUCACAUUCCCGUCAACUCAAUCUGCCACUGUUUGCUCACGAUGAAUUCAUAUUUACAAUUAAAAACACAUUACCAUACAAAUCCGAGUGGAUCAAUGUAAAACAUAAUAUUUACACAUUCUCACAUUUUCUGUCUUGGGUAUUUUGUUUCCACAAUUCCUCUUUCUUUGCCUCAAGACUAAGAAGAUUCCUUUGUAUUCUAUUUUCACUUUCAGUACUCUUUCUGGAUCUUUUGAUGCAUUACUUCUUUUUAUAUGAAACAAUAGAAAUUCUUUACCAAGAUGGUAUCCCAUUGGGCUAUCGCGCCCUACUAUUAGGAAUAACAGAAAGUUACGACAAUACAGAUGGCUUCAUGGGGGGUCCGUUUUUGUGGUUCACGGUCUACAUAUUUUUUAGCUUUAUUCUCUUUGUUCUUCCCAGUCGAACAAGUGAGACUAUCGCUUAUAAUACAUUACAUCAAAGAUCCACUUGCACGUUUCUCAUUCAAAAUAAGAGAUUAUUAGAGAAGUAUGGCAAUUUAAAUGUUUCUACACAACAGGAUUAUGAUCUACUCUAUGCAAUAAUGAAAGCUAAUGUUUCUACUGCUUUAAACUCAAAUUUCUGGAUUUUAAUAAUGUAUACUUGGUUCAAACGUAUAAAGAAAAUUUGGUUAUAUUACUACAGGAGAAAUAUUUUCUGGCAAUUCAUUGCGCUUUGGCUCUUUAUUUCCAUUACAAUUUUAUUUGCUGUAUUUUCUGUCUGUGAAUUAUUUCUAUGCCUCGUUUAUUAUGGAAUCCCAUUUGUUUAUCUGAUUUUAACUUUACCAUUAAGUUAUUUCAGAGUUUAUAUUUACCCCUGUAUUUGA